CAGGGCUUAAAAACAAUAUAAUGUGAGUGAGGCCAGGGCCGUCAUUGGAAGCCCAGAGGAUCCCCGCUAGUAGCUGUUCUGAUCAGACACUGGAGUUAGUCAGAGAAAAGGAACGAUAUCUUGUGGCUGUUUUCGUGGCGUUGGAUGGAUCAGCGAACCCGCCCACCAACCUUUAUGCUCGUGAAUUAAAAAGAACAGCUGACCAGAAAAAAUUCAGUGCAGUGACUUUUGUGUUCUGACAGCUGACCUUACUAUUGACACAUUCGUUCACCACUUCAAUCAUUUAGUAAAACUGGAAACGACUCAACCAAAACAGCAGAAAAAAAUUCUCUUGGAUAAAGCAGAUGUGGGCUUGGCAAUGCCGCAGCCCAACAUUAGUGGAAUGGAUCCUCCGUUUGGGGAUGCCUUUUGUAACCGCCCAUUUCCAGACCAGGCCUUAACCAGUACAGAUUUGUUGGGGAAUAAUUCGGAUCCUGAUUUCAUGUACGAACUGGAUCGAGAGAUGACUUACACUCAGAGCUCAAGAGAUGAUCCUCUUACUUUGGGAGAUUGUAAAGACAUUGAAAUUUUAGAGCCUUUAAAUGAACUACUAGAUUCGGAUCCUUCCUAUAAUUCAAACUGGGAGCAGUGGGACACAUGCUGGGAAGACUUGACAAAAUACACCAAAUUAACCAGCUAUGACAUUUGGGGAACUAAGGAAGUGGACUUCCUUGGGCUAGAUGAUUUUUCCAGUCCUUAUCAAAACGAAGAGGUCAUCAGCAGGACGCCAACUUUGGCCCAGCUAAACUGCGAAGAUUCACAGCCUGUUUUAGAUUCAUUAUAUCAUCCCGAUUUAUUGAAGAGUUUAAAUCAGAACUCAUUAACCUCUUCUUUGGCUGGGAAAAAACUUUCAGCAAAUAGGGCAGCGCCACCAGUGUCAUCUGCCAGAAGUCCCUGUAUAGAUGCGUGCUUACCUGAGACUACCCAAAAGGUAGCCAAAUCUGUUUGUUCAAAUGCAACCGUGGACAUCAGCAACAAACUUCAGCCCCUUAACACCAAAAUAGGGUCUGUUCUUGUGGAUAACAAAGACUUUGUUAAAAAAGCUAAAGUGUGGAUCAAUCCCGCACCACUUGGUAAAUCAACUUUGGGUGCUACCCAGGUUCACAGUGACUUACCAGAUGAUUCCUGUUGUAGUGAUAUUGGAACUGCAGUCAGGAAACUAGAGAAAAAGAGUGCAGAAAGUAUUUACUCCAAUAAAACACCCACAGUAUUCAAAGAAGCCAAUGACCUGAAUACUCAAACUGAAACAGUCGAAAUUUUAUCACCACCUAUCUCUGAUCAUACUCAGAAAAAGGAAGAGCACAAUUAUUCUUUGUUUGUUUCUGAUGGUUUGAAUGAACAGUCUCCUAGUAUUGAGCAGGAAGCAGAAGAUGAUGAAGAUGAAGAAGACGAUGAGGACCAUGAUGAAGGAUUUGGUAGUGAGCAUGAGUACAGUGAUAAUGAGGAAGAUGACGAUGAUGAUGAUGAGGAGGAGGAAGACAAAGAUGAUGAUGUCAGUGACACCUUCUCUGAACCAGGAUUUGAAAAUGACACUGUAGAAGAUGUGAAGGAUGCAGUAACAGGUGUUUCCAGAAAAAGGAGCAAAAGAAGAUAUUUCUGGGAGUACAGUGAACAGCUGAUUCCACCACCCAAGCAAGAUCGAAUGUUAAAGCCUUCUGAAUGGGAUAGAGAUACUUUGCCCAGUAAUAUGUAUCAGAAAAAUGGUUUACACCAUGGAAAAUAUUUAGUGAAGAAGUCUCGCAGGACAGAUGUGGAAGAUUUGACUCCAAAUCCAAGAAAACUGCUACAGAUUGGAAAUGAACUCAGAAAACUAAACAAGGUGAUUAGUGAUCUGACACCUGUAAGUGAACUGCCAUUAACUGCCAGACCAAGAUCCAGAAAAGAGAAGAACAAACUAGCAUCCAGGGCUUGCCGCCUGAAGAAAAAGGCUCAAUAUGAGGCUAAUAAAGUAAAACUAUGGGGUCUCAAUACUGAAUAUGAUCGUCUGCUUUAUGUGAUUAAUUCAAUAAAACAAGAAAUAGUAAAUCGAGUACAGAGUCAGGGGGAAAAAGGAAGCAGCAUGCUAGAAAAACUUGAAAAUCUCUUAAAUGAAACACUUGGGACAACAGUAGCUGGACAAACAUCUGACUUUGUCAAUCAAGUGUUGGAGAAAACAGGAGAAGGAGACCCAACAGGUGGUCUUGAAGGUCUUCGAGUACCUACAUCAAAAGUGUAAUGUGCCACCUUCUGUCAGAAACAGCUUCAGCCUAUAGUUACAUGUUUGCCAUUUCUGUGAUAAAUGUUUGAUUCAUUAUAGCAAGUGACAUUUUGUUAGUUAUGUUAGAUCUGCUUUAAAAAAGAGUGAAAACUCAUGCUGACAUAUUAGAGUUCUAUAAAAGGAAAGCUAAUUGAGAUAAGUAUUGUUGUGUGUGCUCAGGUACUAAUGAGGUAAAUUUCAUUUACCUAUAAAAUGACCUAGGGAUUGAUGUGUUCUAAAAAUGUUAGUAGGAACUUAUGUUAAGUUUCCGUAGAAACAUGGAUGCAGUGGUUGAAUCAAGAAAUCAAAAAAAUUAGUUUGUAGUUCUUUUUAACGUUAACAGCUGUUGCUGAUUUUUUCCAUUAAUACCAUUACUAUAUAUUCCUUUUGUAUAUACUAUAUAUUCUUGUACCAUUAAGUAUGCGUUGAAUAGUUCAUAUAGUAAAUUACAUGGCCUUUUCCAGACAUUGCGCGAGUAUUUGAGUUUGAGAAAGGAGUAAUAUUCUUUGUGCCUUGUAUUUAAAAUGAAAGUAAAGGUGUAAGGUGUAAUGGAUGUACAGUGGGUAAAUUUUAUGGAUUUAAAAAAGUAUUUGUUUAUUUUCACUCUUUGGCUGUUUAAACCAUUAUGAAUGUAUAUAGGAAUAUUUCAACAAUGUAGAUAUAUGCCACAGAGUCUGUAUUGUAUAAAGAUGGUUAUUGAAACAUGGGUUUCGGUACUUUUCAGAAAUAUUUGCACACUAUUUUGUACCAAAGACAAAUGCAACUAUAUGGCAUAAUGCCAGUGAAGUAAGGUUUUGCACAGCUUACACUGAUACAAAAAUUGAAUGUAAUCAGGGUUGGGGUUAGGGUUUUACUAGAACUGUGAAAUAUGUUGCGUGGGUCCAAAUAUCCACAGAAAGAGGAUGCAAGUACACUUUAUAGAUUUUGAUCCUAUAACUCUAUUGUUAAGCUUCUAGAAAAUCAGAUAUUGAGAGUUUAUGGGCUCUUGUCUUCUGCAGAUGUAGAUGCAUAGCAAAAGAAUGUAAUUAAAUGUAGUUUUGCGUUAACAUUUCAGUGUAAUAUAGUGGCUUGCAAUUGUUACAUUAAAAAAGAAAAAAAACGCAUGUAUGUGGUACACUCUUGAAACAAAGGCAAAUAACCAAAAUUUAAUUUUAACUAUUUGUACAAUUGUAUAAAUGUAUAUUGCCUACCAAUACUAAAAUUCCUAAGUUGCCACCUUUUGCAUUUAAUGUAGUAAUGUGCAUGUCAGAUUUCUAAAUGUUACUUGAUAGGAUGUAAAAAAGUACUUCUAAAGCUAUAUAUUUUUGUAUUCUCAAUUAGGUAACCAAAAUAGAUAUUGUAAAAGGUAAAUAUCUGAAUUCUGUUGAUCUUAUUUGCUCAAUUGGUGUAGCUUUUCAAUUAGGACAUUAUAAGUAGACCAACAUAGGUUUUAGCUUUUAUUUUGUAUAUUCACUAGUAGUAACUGGAUUGAAAGAUUAUAUCACUUGGGUUAGAUUAUAGAUCGGAAAAGAUGCUUCACAUAUUAAUGACUUCAUUAAUAGUGAAUUGCUUGUAGCUGAGUGGUAUUGAUGAACGUCAAGAGUAAGUUUUAACAUCCAUCCUAUAUACUACUGGCAGCCUGUAGAAAUGCAGUUUGACCUUGUUUCUCUGUAAAUACGAGAAAGAUAGCUCGUUAAUUGACAACACUUUAUAUUAUGGAAAUUAGAAUUGCACUUUGUCACCAUUGCGUUUGUACUCCUGCCAUUUGCUGCUACUCCUGACCUGUAAGAAUGCUACAGUGAUACUUGAUUUAUACCUGUUAGUAAAAUGUAUAGUUACUCUUGAGUAACAAGUUGAAAGCAAGCUGUGCAGCUUUACAUUUUACCAGGGGACUCUGUGGCAUUAAAUAGUCUAGAAUGGUUGUAAUUUGAUGCCAGUAAUAUCUUGCUUCCUUUUCAUGAAAUAUUUUAAUGUAUGCUAAUAUAUAAAAUAACCUUAUAAAAAGAGAAAUGUAUAAUGUUCUAUUUGGAAUUUUGACAUACUGAGCAUGUUAAGUGUUCUUGGAAUGAUUGAUUUAUCUUUGUCAUAAUUUCUGGAACAACAGAUCUGUAAAACUGUCUCUUGUUGGAAAGUAUUUUGUAGCACUGAAAAGCUAGGUUUUGUAAGUUUGAAUAUGUCUAAUCCCAUUUUCAGACCUUUGUUUAACAGUUUUUUCUGGCACAAUUUCAACAAUUUUUCCAAUGCAGGUCUCACCUAGACUCUACCACUUAACCCCGAACCGCCAAUUUGGAUAAAUAAGAAAGAUUACAUUUUCCUUUAAGAUUUAGCUUUGUGUACUAGAACAAAAUGUCUCAAUCAGAUUUAAAAAUGUGUAGUGAAAAUGCUGUGUACUCUAAGUAAAAUGAUCCAUUCAGAAAGUAAAAACCCAGCAACAAAAUGCAUGGAAAGUUCAAGAAGUGAGAGAAAUGUUUAUGCCUUAAUAAAAAAGGAUCUUCAAAUGUAAAUUGAUGCCAUGUACUAUUUUAGAUAAAACGCUUGCAGAACGGUGUUAGAAAUUCAACUUUGUUGGAAACUACUGAUGAUAGGUGAGGUGCUAUAUUAGAUUACAAUGGAGAACGAGUUUGAAACUUUACAAUAUUCACCAGUAUCACUCAGCUUUUGAAUGGUGCUUUUUAGUUAAAUAUUGAUAAUCCAAAUUAUGAGUACUCUAAAGAUACAUUCUUCAUGCAAUAUCAUACAUUUAAUUGUGAUUGCACCCAAGACUAUUGAUUCAUGAUGCUUUCCAGUAUUUCAUAAUUAAAUGGUAGAUUUUGUUGUGAAGAAUAACAUUCCUAAAAUUGGCCAACUUAUUCAGAUUUUAGCACCUUUCCUGUCUAAUGUAAAUUUGACAAGUCUAUAAACAUCCAUAGGAAAUGGCAAACACUUAGUAUGAGUGUCUGGUUUAUAUUCAAAUAAAAGUGCAAUAAAUGACAAACUUUUCAUUUUCACAAGUGUCUGAGUAAUUAAUUGUACCAUUCUUCAAGCAAGUUCAGUUCUAAUUCUAGUUAUUUCUGAAAGGAUCUUUGUUAACAAAUCUCAAAAAAAAAAUGUACUGCUGAACCUAUUCUCCUCAAAUCACUUUAUUAGUUAACAAUUUAGAGAAAUCUGUGUCCAAAUUCACAAUGCGUUUUGUCAGUUAUGCAAGUUUGUUACAUAGUUUUAAGUGCUACAAAACAGUUAAAGGUUGUUUUCUAUGUAGCUUAAAAUUAAAGCUCUACCAUGAAUUCAACAUGAACCCUCGCUUAAAGUUGACAGGUCUGUUGUUUCCAAAGUAAAUAAACUUACGUACUUUAAGAAAAAUUGUGUUUGACACACAAGAUAUAUUUAGUAGUGGCACUAGUACUGGCAUUACUAUUAGUUUGAAAUCCUGACCAUCUAUGCAGUUUUCUUCCAUCUUCAAAUUACAUGAAAUAAGUGCUCACUUUACAAGACAUUUUGAACAUCUGUCUGCUUUCUUUGAAUUGGUAUUACAAUCAAUCUUGCGUUAAGAAAGUUAAAUCUCUCGAACUGUUGGCUAAUUUACUACAGUCAUGCCAUUUGAUUUCAUUCCUACUUUUACCCUCUCCAUCUCUGCAAUGCAACCAUGUGGUGUCUUUCUGAAAGACUGGAUAAAAGAUGUUGUAUAUGGCAUCAUUGUUAAUAUCCAGAGAAUGAGUUAAUAAAUGCUUGUCACGUAUAAUGUUGUAUAUGUACCAAAAUGAUCCUGGAUCUUAAUUUUGUGUAUUGACAUCUGUGGGACCCAGUAAGUUUAAAAAUAAAUGUAUGUAUUAAGUAAAGUAAAUCUUCACCGCUCUUCUCUGCGUACUGAAGAAAGCAAGACUUGGUGAAAAAUUAUUUGUAAAGUGGUUAUUGCCUUUUAAAGAAAGUAAUUUCAAUUCGAUAUUUGGAUAUCGAACUUUACUCCAGUUGUAUCCCAUAGUGGAAACUCUUUUGUGUCUGUGUUGUACUUAGAAUUUGCAUCAAUUUUAAUAAUGAUAUGUACAAUAUAAUAUGUACAUAAGUAUUUUUCCAUGUAGGAGAUCAUAUCCUAUUUUUGCUUUAAAUAGGUCUGUUUGGCACCAGCAUUUGUUCAAGGAAGUUACGAUAGCAGUCAUUUCACCAAGCAACAAUUUUACAUCACAUUGAAAUAAAAGCGCAUUUAUCGUAUUCAUGAUACUUUAGCAGAAGGGAGUACUUUUCGUCUGGGUUAAUUUGAGCCGACCGUUUCACAAUAUUGCUCUAGGUACUGUACAUAUUACUAAUAUUUCAGUACAAAAUAUUUUACUUCAAGACAGUUUUUUAUGCUUUAUUGGACUACCAAUGCCUACUCUCCCCAAAAGGUAUAUUAGCUAAGAGUAAUGUCAUAUCGAUGUCCAAACUCUCUGUUAAUAAAUGUGCCUGUUAAUUAUUUUUGAUAAAUACAAUAUUGAUAGCUUUGUUUUACAUUUUUUUCACUUUUAAAGGGAAACAUUCUAAGCAUCUCCUUUUUCAUUCCAUAUUAACUUUCUUCCUGUUGGUUACACUGUCAACAGCAGCACAAGAGAGACUUUCCAGCACACGUACAUUAACUCGAUUACCAUUACAGUAUAUGUAGUAGCUCAUUUUGAGCAAUCCAGAGUUCACUGCUGCUUGUUGUUUGACUGAACAUUAACAAAGGUAUCACAGUAAAUGCAGAUAACCGCUGGUGAAAGGACCAUCACUCCAAAUUAUCAGUAACUAUUGUGAAUAGUCUUGGUUACUGAUGGUGAUUACCACUUUCAAAUGAUUAUUCAUAGAUAGUUAAAAGUCACAGUGAAAUACAAGUGUAACAAAAGACAAUUCUUUAAAUAUAUUAAUGUGUUUAUAGCUUGUACAGUAUGAAUGGGAUUGAUGCAAAUACAUGGCAGAGCCUUGUAUUGCAAUUGAUUUUGUACUCAUUAAAAACUGCAGUUAAUGGUAAUAUGUUUAUACAGAUGUAAUGUGCCAUGAAGUGGAAGAACAUGGAUUUAAAUCAGCCAAAGUUCAGGGACUUGCCCACAAGAGAUGGAAAAUUGGAGGACAAAUCAUCCUGAGCUUUGAAUACUUAGCUCAAGAGUGAUGUAGGCAGACUCAUAGAAGUGGGCUUCUUACUCAUUGUUUUUGACUAGGAAAUGGGAGACUUAAAAAGGGAGCUUUUUUUAAGUUGGCAACUAGUUACCAAUGAUACUAUAUAUGUUUGCCAAUGACAACCUGGAGGCAUUUUGUUUAAACCUCUAUGUAGGUUUAUGCUGGUGAAGGGGUUUUAAUUCAUAUGCAUUUGCUGACUGUACAGAAAACGGUGGAACAGAUUUUAAUGAACAAGGUUGUGUUGUGUUUUAGUGAUUGUGCCCCUUUAACAAUUUUCUUAUUGCAUUGUAUCAGCCAGGUGUUGAUACUACAGCUUCUUGUAAUCACAGUCUGAAUUUCAUAUUGUUUUGCAGAGAUUAUAAUAAAGCAACUAAACCC